ACCCAGGCCUCACCGUUCCAUCGGCGCGACCUCCGUCUUGACGAGUGCGUCUCCACGAGUCCGCCGGUGACACUUUGCAGGCGCCGGAUCCGCGGAAUAUGACAGCAGUCGCCUCUUGGUAGCCGCGACUUACCAGUAGCCACGACAACGUUUUCCGAACGCUAACGCCCCCCGCUGUCAGGAUGACGUCAACCAUGGACCUCGAGGAGAUCACCAAGCUCGUCGACGGGAUCUACAAGAAUAUUCUGGACAAAUUCAAUCCUGGUGCUCGGCAACUGAUAACGGCGGGGAAGGCUUAUCUAAAAGCUCUCCAUGGAGCUGCGGCGGCGUCCCGACUGUACGUGGACGCCAUCAGCAAGCUGGCCAAGCAGGCGCAACAGGGUACCUGGGGAGCCUCCGCUGACAUCGGUUCGGCUCUUAUUCAGAUAGUUGACGUCUACAAGGAGAUACACGAGCAGCAGAUGAAUAUACUGAAAGCGUUCUACGUGGACAUGCUGGUGCCUCUGGAGACGAACCUGGAGAAAGAUACAAAAGUCGUACAGAGUGAGCAGAAGCGCUUCCUGCAGCAACACAAACAACGCUCUGAGACGUACAGCAAGGCGGCCGCGGCCAUCAAGAAGCAGAGGAAGAAGACCCGCGCCAAACCCCCGGCUGUGGCCCUGGACCGCGAGGUGAAGAGCCUCCAGGCGCUGGAGGAAGAGCGCGCCAAGCUGGACGCCUUCUGCGAGGCCAGUCUCAAGACCGCGAUGACGCAGGAGCGCCGUCGCUACGGGUUCGUGCUGGAGCGCCAGUGUUCGCUGGCGAAGCACUACCUGCUGCACCACAGCCAGUGCCGGCAGGCGCUGGAGGGCCGGUUGGACGCCUGGCAGGAGGUGGCGCAGUCCAGGGAGGCGCUGCCCGACGGCGUCGAGGCAGUCAUGGCCGCCAGGCUGCGGCAGGUGAAUUUCUACUCGGAGGACGCGCCCUCAGAAGCGGAGCGCGACCGGACCGAGGACGACCGUGUGUCCAUGUCGUCGCAGCUGCGCAAGACCAAGUCGAUGGACGCGUCGUGCCUGGACAUGCGCUCCAUCGGCGACGCCGCCAGCCAGCACAGCCCGCUCAAGCCGCUCUCCAGGGCCAAGUCGGAGUUCGACCUCAGCGCCUCCACACAGUCCCUGGACCAAGUGUCCGCCCGCUACGACCGCCGCGACGUGACUGCGUCCUCGCCGGAGCCCGAGCCGCGGCCCAAGUCGCUGGCCGUCGCCUCGGAGAACGGGGACGCGCCGCUGGCGCGCGCCAUGUACGCCUACCUGUCCAGCGGAGACAACCAGCUCAGCUUCCUCGAGGGGGACGUCAUCGCGCUCAUGGGUGAACGCAUUAAGGGUUGGCAGUUUGGCGAGAACCUGCGUACCCAGACCAAUGGAUGGUUCCCCUUAGCUUACACAGAGAUGCUACUCGACGCAGCGGACAGCAGCUCGCCGACGCACAGCACGGCGCCCGCGACGCCGGCGUCGCCCACGCGCGGCCUGCAGGGCGGCAGGAGACCCGGCGCCGCCCACCACCAGCCGGCACUGGAGAGGAGAAAGGCGAGUUUCAAUUCUUCUCGCCCGCAGGGUACCCGCGGCGCCGUGGCGACGGCCAUCUCGCGCGCGCUGCAGCAGCAGGCGGCGGGCGGCGCCGCCCCCGUGCCCGGGGGCCGGCCCGUGGUGGGCCCGCCGCCGCCGCUGGUGCCCGCCCCCGUGCCGCGCCGCCUGCCCCCGGCCGCCGCCUCCACGGCCGCCGCUGCCGCCGCCCUCAAGGCCGCCGGCGCCAGCCUCCACAGUAGCAACGACAGCGGCUUCAGCAACGAGCCGCCCCCGCUGCCGGAGGCCGACUACUCGGACGACGACAGCUCCAGCGAAAAGACGGUGACUGCAGUGAACGCCCCGGUGUCUUCCACCCUGCCCACCAAGCAGCGCGGUAGUGGAGGGCGCGGCUGGUCUACCACUACCAACGGCACCCACGCCCAGCAAGCUGCCACCAACGGCCACACUAGCGGUGGCGGUGGCGGCAGCGGCGGCAGGAAGCCGACCACGGAGCCCCGUCGUCGCGAGUACACCAACGGCCUGGUCAACGGCACCUCCGCGGGGGGAUCCCCCGGGGCGUCGGCCACCACGCCCCGCCUGCCCCACCUGUCGACCACGCUGGGCAGGGACUCCCCGCCGCGCAAGCCGAGCUACCCGGUGAAGCGCACCAAGUCGCUCUGGAAGUUCCGUCGCUCCGAACAGCCGGGCGACAUCCUGGAAGGCAUGUCGCUCUGGAGGCACCGCUCUCUGGUCGACGUGCCGGCCGCGCUGGACGCCGAGGCCAAGAGGGAGAACGGCCACCAGGAGCAGCAGCAGCACAAGAAGCCCGCCGGCCGGCAGCAGAAGGCGGAGGCGGAGGAGCGGCCCGCGGUGGCCGUGCAGACCGAGGACGAGGACCUGGACUCGAUGGCGCCCUCCGAGGUGGACGAGGAGGAGGACAGCGAGUCGUGCAUCGUGGUCGAGGACCACCGCCGGCCCCCGCCCCAGCAGCCGGCGCCGGUGCCCCGCCAGCUGAGGGGCCCGCAGCAACAGCAGCUGCAGCAACAGCAGCUGCAGCAACAGCAACAACAACAGCAGCAGCUGCACAGCCAGCAGCCCCACAAGAGGAUGAGCGGUGCGUCACAAGGCAGCGCCGGCAUGACGCUGCCCUGGUACAAACUCUGGGGAAUGGAUGUCGCAGCCGUCAAAUAGGCCAGAGAGCGGUUCGCACGGCCUUGUUUCACAAGUAGAAAGUCCUGCUACUGGUGACAUCGUCUUUCCCAUGCACUCCAGAUUACGCUUCCCAGCUGUCACUGCAUACCUGCUGGUGAAGUAUCACUGCUCUCAGACUGCUCUCAGAUGUGAAGGUGGAUACUUUUACAUCUGAGUUCUUUUGAGUGAAUGACUUUGUCUCGAGAACACUUUGCCAACAUCAGAUCCAUACCUUUCAUAUAAUUCAGGUGUCCGGCGCUGCCUGUAAUGAGCAUCUGCUUGAGAUAUGAAUUAUUGAGAUAUUUUUUUCGCCAUGUGUACAGAGAAGAAGCGUGUUUACCAGUUAUUGGAUUAAUCGAUUUCUAAUUGUCAUCUCUACUUCCGUUCAAGGAGUAACCAAGUAGAAAAGUGAUAAAGCACAUAUGUAGAACGAAAUGUAUGUUCGUUAACAAGUAUAACCCAUAAUUACUUACAGAUAAUCAUAGAAUGUAUCAAGAGAAAUUUUUAAGAUUGUGUUACAUCUUUAUAUGGUGCUAUAUUUGAACCCUUAUUGUUGUUGAGGAUAUAAUUGUUUUACUUAUCGGCCAUAUCUAUUUUGUUGAUAGGGUCUUUAACAUCCUUCUUUUCAAGAUCGUCUUAUGAUGCUAAAAUGUAUUGUUCAUAAUCGUAGCCGUUUGAAACUGCCUAAUGAUACAAGUAUCAUCUCUCAUAGGCUUUGAGAUGUGAAAGGGAAACCAAGUUAUAUGACGUUACUCAUAUCUUUGUUAGUAGUGUGUUGUAGCAAUAACUUUUUUUAAGGGCACGUAAGUGACGCGAUUCAGAGAGUAAAGUGUGAAGCGACAUCUAUUGAUGGACUCCUUUCACAGGUAAUAGGUCGCUAGAAGAACUUCUAUGGUUUGACGGGCCACGGAGAGAUUCCUAGGUUGGAAUACUGUCACGUGGCCUGUGUCAGUUACUCCGCCGCACCUUGGCGGUGAAACGAUACGCAACUUCGACGCUCGUAUGGUCUUCGCUCUGAUGCAAAGACCGGAUUCGAGCGACCAUGAAUACUUCUGGAGACGAUGAUUGCAAGUUCGUGACGACUUGCACGUAUACACAGAAGACGCAACGAGGUUCGCUUGGUUUUCUCACUGAAUCAAUAGGUGCUUAACAUUGCAACGUAUAAUUACUUAAACCGUCGUCACAGCCAGUUCAUAGCUGUAAAUUCCUUCCUCUGCAGAGGUUUCAAACAUAAAUUGUACGUUAUGUAUCAAGAAUGUAAUCAUCUGUAUUCUAAAACAUAUAUUUUGUGUAUUUCCUAUUCAUUACUUAAUACUUAAUGAGAUAAAAUAUGUAAUUAGCUUGUAUUUUGAUUCUGCAAUAAA